AUGAACCCGCACGAGCGCAGCGCGGCGACGGUGCGGCGUUUGGCCAUGUACAAGCAAAAGGCGGUGCGAGAUAAAAAGGGGAAAAUUUUAAAGCAAGACUUGCAGAGUAAGGCUUUGCCGUCGACGCGAAUCGUGCCCGAUCGACGAUGGUUCGGGAACACGCGGGUGAUUGGGCAGAAACAGUUGGAGGAGUUUCGAGAGGAGAUGGCGACGAAGAGCCGAGACGGAUACACGGUGCUCAUUAAACAAAAGAAGCUGCCGCUGUCGUUGCUCAAGGAUGAGGAGCGAGGACGAGCCCGUCGAGUGAAUUUAUUGAGUCAGAGCACGUUUGCGGAAACGUUCGGGGCGAAUAAGAGACGGAAAAAGCCUAAACUGGCGAUGGAUAAUCUCGAAGCCAUGCUUAGCACGGCGUCAAAGAUGGGGGAAGUUUAUCAAGAAGGCGUGGAAACUGGCGCGAUUAUGGAUAGGGACUUGAUGCGCGCUGAUGACGGUGUGCGAGUGGAAGCUAAGCAGAGCAUGUUUGAAAAGGGACAAUCCAAGCGUAUUUGGGGUGAGUUGUAUAAGGUUGUCGAUUCUUCGGACGUCAUCAUUCAAGUUUUGGAUGUUCGCGAUCCCAUGGGGACGAGGUGCUACCAUCUCGAGCAACACUUAAAAAAGGACGCGAUGAAGCGACAUAAGCACAUGAUUCUGCUGUUGAACAAAGUUGAUUUGGUCCCCGCGUGGGUCACAAAGCGUUGGUUACACACGUUGUCGCGUGAGUUCCCCACGAUUGCGUUUCAUGCGUCAGUGAGUAAUCCGUUUGGUAAAGGAGCCGUGUUGUCUCUCCUUCGUCAGUUUAGCCGUCUUCGAAUGGACAAGCAAAACAUCUCUGUGGGUUUUGUGGGGUAUCCCAACGUCGGGAAGUCGUCAGUGAUUAACGCACUGCGUUCUAAACGCGUGUGCCUGACUGCGCCUAUUCCGGGUGAAACCAAGGUUUGGCAGUAUGUCAACCUCACGAAGAGAAUUUUCUUGAUUGAUUGCCCAGGCGUCGUGUACCAGGACACUGAAGACACCGACACGGAUGCCGUACUCAAGGGUGUAGUUCGUAUAUCCAAUCUCGAAGAUGCGCAAGAGCAUAUUCCUGAUGUGAUCGCUCGAGUCAAAGCUGAGUAUUUGCGACGAGCAUACAAGACGCCAAGUUGGACCGAUCCUGACGACUUUCUGCGUCAAGUUGCUCGUAUGAGUGGUAAAUUACUCAAGGGUGGCGAAGAGGACGUAAACGCCGUCGCAAAAUCUAUUUUGCACGAUUGGCAACGUGGUCGCAUUCCGUGGUUCACGCCGCCACCUUCU